UUGUAUGGACCCUAAAAAAUAUACAGAUCUUCAGAAAUACAUUGAAGAUUCUUCCGAUUUCCCUGCUAAUAUGGGUUGUAUAUUUGAAGAAAUCAAGAAAGGCGAUGGCCAAACAUUUCCAAAGGGUGGACAGACUGUGGUUGUACAUUACACAGGUACCUUGCCAGACGGCAAAGUGUUUGACUGUUCAAGGGAGAGAAAUCAACCUUUCAAAUUUGCUUUAGGAAAAAAUCAAGUUAUUAAAGGUUGGGAAGAUUAUUUACCUAAAAUGAGUAUUGGUCAGCGUGUGAAGCUGACUUGCCCUCCCGACUAUGCCUAUGGAAAACGGGGAUUCCCGGGAGUUAUACCACCUGAAACAACCUUGAUCUUCGAUAUAGAGCUUUUAGCCCUGGAGUAACUGCCAUCACAUUGUGAGCGUUGAGUGAUCCAGUAGUAUACCUGCCAUCAUCAAGAUUAACUUAUCUUCACCAUCAUUCAUGGCAAACAUCUGCAGCAUUAACUGUGCGAGUGUUGUACCCUCGGUGUGUCUGUGAAACAAAGAUGCUACGAUCCAGGCUAGAAAAAACUUGAAAUAUCUGUUCACUUAUUCAUUUAAAAAAAUGCUAUUUGCAAAUUUUUUCUUGAGCAAAUUAACAGCAAAUUAUGUCAAAAUUUUGCUUGUCUUUUCCAGCUGUAGGACAAUACAGAGAAUAGAUUUUUACCUCCGAUGUGACCUUAACGUUAUGAAGUUUGAUUGAACAAUAGAAAAACAUUGUCCGUAGAUGAACGUUGGUAUUUAAGUUUUCUAGAAUCUUGUCAUCUAAUAAUCUUUUUUCAAACAAAAUUGGGAAGUUGAAUUGAACUGCGGAGAAAUGCUGCAGUUAAAUUUCUGAACAUACUGAACAAGAUUUUUAGUUUGAGAUUUUGCCUUGAGAAAGAUUUUGCAGGUGCAUUUUGUAAAUCUGUAAAGGUUUGGACUUUGGGUCACUGUAGACAAAUGUGUUUUGGAUUCAUUUCUGUAACAAUUAAAAGGUUGCUUUUGCUAAAAGUGCAUCAUAUCCUAUCAAUAUUGUCCAUGAUUUUGUUUUUGAAUUUUGAAAAUGAAAUAUUGUCCACAGUCUUGAUAUUAGUUCCAUAGUAAAAUCCAGCAUCGACUUAACUACAAUACAGUAUCUGACCUUUUGGUGUCCUCCAUUGUUGCAUAAGUGUAGUAUUUUGAAUUAACAAUGUGAGAUCAAUGAUAAAAUUAGCAGAAAAAGGAUUCCCCAUUAUAUUAUCCUACUGGGAUCUACAACUAAGCUAGGUGCAACAUUUACUGACAAAUGGAGUUAUUGUAAAAUGGUCCAAAUUUUCACAGAUUGACCCUAUUAUGACCUGGAUGUUCGUGUUUUGAAUUACAUGCAGUUGCAGUUGAUUUUUUUAUCUGAGCCAGUAUGAUUGCUUUGUCAUCAUGUUUUAGUUUGCAUGUAUUUAGUAUCAGAUGCUGUUGUAUGAAUUAGAGUGCUUUGAACUUGCAUCCAACCUUGUCUGCAAUGAUUGUUUUCUUGUGGCUGGAAACAUUCUGUAUUCAAUAUUUUCUGUUAUUGCACUAUUUGUUUGCCAUCAAAUGUCCGUUUAUUCAUUAUUUUAUUUUUAUCAGUUGAUGAAGAUCAAGUUUUAAAACCAUAUGGGCUGUACUCUGUGUCAAGGGGGUUUAAUGUAUUUGUGUAAUGUGUCCUGCCAGAUUAGCCUGUGCAGUCCACACAGGCUAAUCAGGGAUGAUACUUUCCACCUAAACUAGAUUUCUGUUAAGAAAAUACUUUCUUGAAACGAAAAAUUCCAUUAAAGCGGAAAGUGCUGUCCCAGAUUAGCCUUGUUGACGGCAUAGGCUUGUCUGGGACAAUAUUUUCAUACAUGCAUUAAAGCUUGGUUUUCAUAAGUAUUAGCUGAAUGUUGGCGAGCUAUUGUAUACCAGUGUUAUAAAUUAUAUACAGUGUUGCUGUUUAUCCCUUUGCAUGCUGGGAAAUUUGUCGUCUGCUAAAAUGUAGUCUGCUGAAUUUCUAAAAUUAGCAUUUUCUUCGAUUUUUUUCAAAGAAUAUUAUCAGAAUAGCAAAGAGUUUGGAUCCUGAUGAGACGCCACGUUCUGUGGCGUCUCAUCUGGAUCCAAACUGUUUGCAAAGGCCUUCAAAUUCGGUUCCCGCACUGAAAGGGUUAUACACUAGUAUUCACAUGUAAGUUGGAAAUGUUUUUGAAGUAAUAUUUACCACUGUUUUGGAUAUUGUUAUUUUUCCGAUCGAUAAUUUAUGAAUUUAUCAUUGGAACUUUAAACAAAUCUCAAAUGUAGGUUUUGGGGUUAUUGUUAAAAUACAGUUGGUAAUUCUUCUGAUAUGCAGAAUUAUAAAAAGUUCAUAGUAGAAUGUAUACUGUAGUGUUUAAUAAUGUGUCACUGUUUGUUCUUUACCAUGCACACAACUACUGCAUAAUAUUAUAGGGCAGCAUAACUUAUUUAAUUGUUCUUAAUUGAUAUAAAUGACCUGCGUCCUGCAAAAAUGGGUGUUAUGCCAUAUGUUACUAGCAUAGCUCAUGUACAGUCUGAACGUUUGCUACCCUGUCUGCUCAUGAAACCAUGAAUCCUUGCUUGAAUGUAUAGUGGACAUGGUAGCUCCUGACCUGACUGUGCAAAUCCUGAGGCUGGUCUGGAGCAACACUUGAGGCAUAUUGCAAAAGACCCAUUUUUGCAUGAUGCGGCUCAAAUUGUCUUAGUAUUAUAUUAUUAUAUACAUUUGGUCAGUCAUUUGAAAUGUGUUUAAAAGGAUAAUAAUGAAUUUUUAAGAAAGACAUUUAUGAAUUUUGACUCUGGGCUCGUUUUUUAGCUCAUCUAUUUUUUUUUUUUAAAUUAUGAGCUAUUGUCAUCACCUUGGCGUCGGCGUCGGCGUUGGCGUCGGCGUCUGGUUAAGUUUUGCGUUUAGGUCCACUUUUCUCAGAAAGUAUCAAUGCUAUUGCAUUUAAACUUGGUACACUUACUUACUAUCAUGAGAGGACUGGACAGGCAAAGUUAGAUAACUCUGGCGUGCAUUUUGACAGAAUUAUGUGCCCUUUUCAUACUUAGAAAAUUGAAAAUUUUGGUUAAGUUUUGUGUUUAGGUCCACUUUUCUCAGAAAGUAUCAAUGCUAUUGCAUUCAAACUUGGUACACUUACUUACUAUCAUGAGGGGACUGUGCAGGCAAAGUUAGAUAACUCUGGCGUGUAGUUUGACAGAAUUAUGUGCCCUUUUUAUACUUAGAAAAUUGAAAAUUUUGGUUAAGUUUUGUGUUUAGGUCCAUUUUAUUCCGUAAGUAUCAAAGCUAUUGCUUUCAUACUUGCAACACUUACUAACUAUCAUAAGGGGACUGUGCAGGCAAAGUAAUGUAACUCUGACUGGCAUUUGGACAGAAUUAUGUGCCCUUUUUAUACUUAGAAAAUUGAAAAUUUGGUUAAGUUUUGUGUUUAGGUCCACUUUAUUCCUACAGUAUCAAAGCUAUUGCUUUCAUACUUGCAACACUUAUUAAGUAUCAUAAGGGGACUGUGCAGGCAAAGUUAUGUAACUCUGACUGGCAUUUGGACGGAAUUAUGGGCCUUUUAUACUUAGAAAAUUGAAAAUUUGGUUAAGUUUUGUGUUUUGGUCCACUUUACCCCCAAAGUAUCAUAGAUAUUGCUUUCAUACUUGGAACAUUUGCAAACUAUCAUAAGGGUACAGUAAAAGGAAAAGUUGCAUAACUCUGGUUGUCAUUUUUACGUAAUUAUGGCCCUUUUUGACUUAGUAACUUUGAAUAUAUGGUUAAAUUUUGUGUUUCGAUCCACUUUACUUCUUAAGUAUCAAGGCUAUUGCUUUCAAACUUCAAAUACUUUCAUGCUAUCAUGAGGUUACUGCACCUGGCAAGUUGAAUUGUACCUUGACCUUUGAAAAAUUGCCAUAACUUCUUUAUUUAUGAUUAGAUUUGAUUGAUACUUUGACAAAACUACUCUUACCUGACAUACCACAAUAGACUCCACCCAAACCAUCCCCCGUGCC